UUGUUUUCUCCCCACUUCAUAUCGUUUGCAUUUUCUCUACCGGCUUGCACGUGUAUUCCGGUUGUUGUAAUUGAAAAAGUAAAACUUUUAGUUAAAUACCUGAAAAAUGGGCCGUGACCAGUUCCAUCAUCAGAAUAAGUUCUCUGGGAAGCCAGAUCACCGACGUCGAGGGGGAUACCGCGGCCAGCCGUUCAAGAGCCGUGGUCAGCAGUCUGGGAGGGGAAGGCCCGGAUCGUUUGCAAACAGCCGACCUCCCAAAGGUAGCGGUCCGGUUGCUGUGUCGAAUGUUAAGGAAGACCAGGUGUUUAUCACGGAAUAUGUGACGGCCGGAAAAGGUUUCCGAGGUAUUCUGAAGUCCAGAUUUUCAGAUUUUCAAGUAAACGAAAUUGACUGCGACGGAAAGGAAGCUAUUCUGACGGAUCUUGAAUUACCAACCCCACCAGUGAGUGGGGAUAAAAUGUCAACCGAAGAAGCAGAACAGGAAUUGUCGCGACUCAUCUCACAGGAAGCCGUCGAAAAGAUCCAAAAACUUACUGAGAUCAAGGGGAAAGCUAACGAUAUCGUUGAAGUGGACGUAACAGAAAUGACGAAGGAGGACCGCGGUAGGAUCCACAGUAGUUCCAAGGGCUUGUUUGGAAAGGCCAUCGUUGGAUCGACCGUAACGAAAAACGAUAAAAAGUACAUCACCUUUGCUGCGUUCAAUAAGUUCCAGAAAGUGGAUCGAAGAGAAAAGUGGCUAUGGCCACACCGUUUUGUUCAUUUUCUUCUGCACAAGGAGAAUGAGGACACGAUCCAGGCGACUUCGCAGCUGGCAGAAUUGUUGAAAUGUUCUCCUUCGGCAUUCGCUUAUGCCGGAACAAAGGAUCGACGUGCAAUAACGACCCAGUGGGUCAGUAUAAAACAGUUUGAUCCACGAAGAAUUGCGGCGGCCGCUGCUAAAAUAAAGCAGCUCACUGUUGGCAACUUUUGCUUCAAACCUGAAACGCUGAAACUGGGUCAGUUACGUGGAAACCGAUUCCGGAUAGCAUUGCGUCAGGUUUCCGCCGAGGAGUCGGCCAUUCGAGAGACGAUGGAAAGUUUCCAAGAGAAAGGAUUCAUCAACUAUUUCGGUUUACAACGAUUUGGCAAUAGUGCCACGGUGCCAACGUACAAAGUCGGCAUCGAAAUUCUGAAAGGCUGCUGGAAAGAGGCAUUCUACUUGAUAUUGAAACCACGUGAAAACGAUCAUUGGUAUAUGAAGGCUUGCCGGGAGGAGUACGAGAAGUCGCGUGACCCCGAAAGAGCUCUUGACAAACUAAGCUUACACAACAGGAGCAUCGAGAAGCAGUUAUUGACUUGGCUUGUGUCGCAUAAAAAUGAUUACAAAUGCGCUCUAGAGCAAAUACCCAGGAAUGUUAGGCUGUUGUAUUGCCAUUCGUAUCAGAGCCUUAUUUGGAACAGAGUAGCAAGUCGGCGAUUGAAGGAAUUAGGACAUCGACUGAUUCCAGGCGAUCUCGUCUAUGUCGACAAAACAGUUGAAGCUGAAAUGGCGAUUGAAGAUGGUCUAGUGGAACAACAAGACAACGUUAUCGACGACACCCCGGAGAAGUCCACAGACACAUCUUACUUCAAAACGCUUGUCAAGCCUCUUACCGAGGCCGACAUUGCAUCGGGACAGUACACUAUUUUCGACGUCGUUUUGCCUCUUCCUGGACACGAUAUUACUUAUCCUGCCAACGAAUGCGGUCAGUGGUACGAAGAAAUUCUAGCUGAAGACGAUCUUUCUUCGGAAAAACUAAAAGGACAAACUAAAAAGGAAUCUCUAGGCGGUGCCUAUCGGAAAAUGAUGAUUAAGCCGGGAAACCUUCAAUGGAAGUUCACCACAUAUAAUGAUGCAAAAGAGACGCUCAUUUUUUCCGACUUGGAAAAGUUAAAAGGAAAGAAUGAACCGGAUGCAAUUAAAGAUGCCAGCAACAGAGCAUUGAUCCUCGAUUUCCAGUUGCCCAGUUCAACGUAUGCUACGAUGGCUCUACGCGAGAUCCUCAAAGCCGACACGUCAGCUAUCCAUCAGCGUACGUUGGAGGAAGAACAUUCGAAAAAAUCGGAUGAACCAUCAUCUGUUUCCGUAACACAAGUGGACAAGACUAUUGAAACACCUGUUUUAGAAGAACCUGAAACUAGGACAGAUAAUGGAUCUCCAAAAAAUGUCGUUACACAGCAAGAUGAUGAAGAUAAGCCGAUAGCGAAGAAAGCAAAACUGGACUAGACAUUGCUCAUUCCGUUAAACCUCGAAGAAACCCACGGCGGAAAUGCGGAAUACUGAACCACUAGGUGGGCUCGAAUGGCGUUAGAAAGAGGUAAGUGUAACAGCCACUUUCUAUACGACUGCUCACAACACUAUCGAGGAUUUACGUUUAUUAUAUUCGAGUACUAUGUAUUGUAAAAAUACGACCUAAUUGAAUUUUUUAAAGUGAUAUACUUUACUUGAUGACAUAAAAAUAUAA